CACAAAAAUUCAGAAGAGCGUUUUUGCGUUCCAUCCUAAACAUUCGGUGCAUCGGUGCAUUUUCGUGUUCUGUUCCCUAACUAAAACAUUAUGCAUCGCACGAAAACCGCACUCAGCUUGCUGGUGCGGCUGGACCGUCUACGGCUUCCGGCGACUGUAAGCAGAAUGCAAUCGACGUUACUCCCAGGACAUGCCCGGUCAAUCCUGCUCUCGGAGGCAAACACACUACGCACAGUCACAACACGGGACUUUAGUACCGAAAAAGACACGGCACGUGUCGAGGAACCGAGCGAGGGCGAAAAGAAGCUGACCCUGGAGAUUGAAGAUUUGCGCAAAGAGACGACAGAGCUGAAGGAGAAAGUCAAAACCCUGGAUGAUAAGUACAAACGAGCGCUAGCCGAGAGUGAAAACAUCCGACGGCGGUUAACGAAACAGAUCGAAGAUGCCAAACAGUUUGGCAUUCAAGGGUUCUGCAAGGAUCUGCUGGAGGUGGCCGAUAUUUUGGGGCACGCGACGGAAGCAGUGCCGAAGGAGGAGGUCUCUGAUCGCAAUCCACAUCUGAAAAAUCUCUUCGAGGGCCUCACGAUGACCCGGGCACAGCUCAACAGCGUGUUCCGGCGACACGGACUGGAGGCGGUUAAUCCGAUGAAUGAAAAGUUUAACCCGAACCUGCACGAAGCCCUGUUCCAGCAGGAGGUGGAAAACGUCGAGCCAAACACGGUGGUGGUCGUGAGCAAGAUUGGCUACAAGCUGCACGAUCGCUGCAUACGUCCCGCACUGGUCGGGGUCACGAAGGGAUAACUAACGAAGGGAUGCUAACGGCACUCUGAAGUGGGAACCGAUUGUGUGUGGUGAGGCGCACCUUGUUAAUAUUAUUCGAUGCGGUGGCCCACCGAGGGAAGUUUUGGGUAGCGCAGCAUAUUCCACAAUAAAUAAAACGCUACAUUAUGUUCCGAUUGGACAACAGAAAACGGCUCAUUACCAAACAAAACGAUGAAACGGAAGUAGUGUGUACAAUCUUUAUUGCGCUAUAUGUUUCGUUUCUCGCCACCCGCCGGCGUCCUCAAUUCGGUAGGUGCAGAUGAAUGACGAAGGAAUAGGUUCAGCACCCCCGUGCGUUAUAGUACAACAGAAAUAAUAUUUCCACUUCAACCGGAUUCACACCGUCGCUGAAGCAGAACUACGCAAAAAGUCACACGAAGCUUCUUAAAAACCUUGCUGGAACUGCUUCGAGUCCAAUCGCGCCAUUAUCAGCUCCAGCUGCCGCUUGGCCUCACACAGCGGGAAAUUGUUCAUAUCGUAGUACUGGGGUGCUAUCUGAAGCAACCAUUCGGCUGAAAGUGGAAAAAGAGGGGUAAAUAAUUUUCCUUUUGCUACCUCUUCAUAAUAUGCUUACGCUUCACGUCCGUCACGGUACGGAUGUAGUUCUUCGUCGUCAGCACAAACUCAUUGUAGAUGACCCACUCCGGUUUGUGGUCGAGGCAAGUGGACGGA